AAUAAAUAAAAUAAUUCAAAACGUGCUGAAUUUUGAAGCAGAAGUACAAUUUUUCAUAAAUAAUAAAUGAGAAUGGGUAAAAAAGAUAAAAUCAAAAACAACAGCGCGGCAUUAGAGCCGGCUCGUGCAACAUUUGCUUUGAAAACCCCUAAAGAUUUUCCCGCAAGCGCUACUGUCAAGAAAUCAAAGAUUUCCAAACACACCGAAGACCAGCAUGAGGACGAAAAAGAGAAUGUGCAGACAGGUGCCAAUCCUGCAAAGAAAAAGAAUAAGAAACGUCAGAUAAAUGACGACAAGGAGAGCUUAGAUGAAGUUCCCGAAAGCGCUGCUGUCAAGAAAUCAAAGAAGUCAAAACACAACGAGCACCAACAUAAUGGCGAAAAAGAGAAUGUGGAGACAGGCGCCAAUGCUGGAAAGAAAAAGAAUAAGAAACGUCAAAUAAAUGGUGACAAGGAGAAGGAGGAUGGUUUAGAUGACGUGCCGCCAAAGCAAUCAAAGCUUUCAACUGAUGCUGCAACCGGCACUAAGCCUGGCUCCAAUAAUCUAAUGAAACUUAUUUUACAAACAUUCAAUAAUCUACAAAAGGAAAAAAAUGAUAGUAAGUCAUUAAAGAAAAUAAUAACUAUAAUGCAAAUGGAUGGCGAGGAAUCCGUGCUGGCUGCCCCACGUGCCUAUGUAUUGAAGCGUUUAAUACGCGCUACUGGUGCCGAUGAUAAAGAAUCUGUGUCCACAAAUGCAAACCAUUUGCAUACAAUACUAACUAAGGUGCCCAACAUUGAUAUCAUGGAGAUGCUCCAGAUACUAAAGCGAGAACUACCUGUGAAUGCAGCACUCAAAACAAAGGAAGAUGCUCUGGCUGCGGUGGGACAACUCGUGGUAGUCACAAGUAUUAUUCAAAGUCCAUACUUUGUAGAGCCCUCGGAACAGCUUAUAACAGCUAUCUAUGAACUGCUAAUGCCGCAUUUAAAAGGACGCGAAUAUCUAGUCUCCAUGUGUGUGGAAAUAAUAACAGAGUCCUUGGAAAAAUUAAAUGAUAAGAACUUUAAAACUCUGGUAUGGCCGAUGCUGCAAAAGGAGCUGAGCAAGCCCAUACAACAACAGACGUUGCAUACCAUGGAUUUGCUGCUCUCCAUACGUCUCAAUUAUCCUGAGCGCUUAAAGCAGAAGGUACUCGAGUCUAUGCUCUGGCCCAAGACAGCACAGUAUAACCAAUUAUUUGAUUUAUAUACACAAAGAGAUGUUGUGCAAAAUUUGAACAUCUAUGGACGUUUUGGUCAACUUCUGGCCAGCAAAGGCAAUGCUACGCUGCUGACAGCCUGGCAGCAAUAUGUGCUGGACAAGCUCCCCAUUAAAUCCAGCCACAUCAAGUGUCACAUUAUAUGUAUAUUCACCUGCUUACUUUUGCACUACGAUGAUAGUGAUGAGCAGGCAGCUCAGGUGCUGGUGAAGAUCUUUGAGAAUGAGGAACUAGCAGGCAUGCUAGUAGAUGAAUUGGAGGCAGCCAGCAAGCUGCAUACCAAUAAGACUCCGAAGGCGGGACAGCUGGAGCUGCGCAGUGCUAGCCGUAAGUUUGAAACAGCUUUGAUCAUCAGCAUGUCACGUCAGCUGAAGCAGGAGGAAUCCAAGCUGGGCAUAUUACAUGCGCUCUUAAAGCUGCGACCACAGCUAGAUGCCUGCACGCAGACACCACGUUUCUGUCAAAGGCUACUAACUGCUCUAGACAAAGAUAGUCUCAACGCUAUGCUGAAAUAUUAUAAAACGCAGUACACCAGCGAUGAUGAGAAGAUUACAAAACCGCUGCGCGAUUAUUGGAUGCGUCAAAUGCAGUACGUGAUGCUCAAUCCCAAGCUCACCAAAGGGAAAAAAGAGCUGGACUUUUUAAUGCUCAAUAGCAUUUUUCAUUUGAAUGCGGAGAAACAGCCUUGUGUGCGUGCAGAAGCUGCUGCCUUCAGUCAGCAGUCGCUGCCAUUUGGCGAAGAAGCCUUCUUUGGUGUGCUGACGCAUAAAAUUGAUGCUGGUCCACAAGCGUUGCAUGGCUUCAGCAAGCGUUUGCAACGCAUUGCAGCACUGUUGCAGCAACACUUUAAGGAAACCGAUAAUAUUGCAGACAAGCUGCGCGUUACACGUACGCCAGAUAUGCUUAAAGCCUGGGCCCAAGUUAAGCUCGAGCUGCAGGACAUCGAUCCAGAGAAUACACUUGCUCUUGUCUUUAAUGUGCUCAUUUUAUUUGUGGGCGUGGCCAUGUACACGGCCAGCUGCAAUAUAUCUGUAGAGCUCCUGCAGGAUAUUCUUAAAUGCAAGCAGCUGGCGUUCAAGCCAAAACAAAAGGCCGCUAAGGAAGAGGAGCUCAACUGGCAGGAUGUGCUGACGGAUGCGUUGCUGCAGCUAAUGUUGCAAGUUGGUGGUUUCUGGCGCAGCUUUGUCAAGACCAUAAUGGAGGCGACUAUGCCGCAACUAAAUGGCGAUAAUCUAAAACAGAUACUAGCUAUAUAUGAUAUGAAAACCAACCCGCUGGGCAAAGGUGAUGGCGAUGAGGAUGAGGAUGAAGACAGUGAAGACGAUGAGCAAAGUGAAAGCGAUAGCGAUGACAAGCAAAAAAGCAAGGGUAAGAAGCACAAGAUUCAGGUUGAACAAAGUGAUUCUGAUGACGACGACGAAGAGGAGGAGUCUGAUGAUGACGACGAUGACGAGGAAGCAGAUGAAGACGCAACUACUCUAGAGAAAACUCGCGAGAACAUACGACUGGCGCUGGUCAAUAGCGGUGAUAUAGAUGAAGACGAUGGCAGCAGUGUUGAUUGGAAUGAUGUUAGCGAGGAUAAGGGUAAGCGUUUAAACCAAGCGCUAGAGCAUGCCUUCCAAGUGAUGCGACCCCAAGGCAGCGAUAAAGCCAAGAAAAAGCGUCAAACCAAAUCGGAGCGCAUCGACAACACUACCUUGUUGCAUUUUAGAACACGAGUCUUGGACUUGGUGCAGGUUUACAUAAAGGCCAAGGCGAAUCUUGAAGAGGUUAUGGAUGCGCUCAUAACCAUUUUUAAUGUAUAUACAUAUUGUUUGAGCGAUGCCAAGUUAAAAUCGCUGGCACAAGCCAGCAAGAAGCUGCUGCGUGAGCUACUCAAUCAAAAGAUUGACUACAAGACCAACAAGUGCAAGGAUAAGCAGAUUAUCCUGGACACUAUUCAACACUUUGUUAAGCUAGCCGAAGCCAACUUAAAUACCAUAGAGAACCGCGAGUUAAGUGAAUUGCGUGACAAGUGCUUUGUUUAUUUAUUCAAUCAGUUCCAAGAAACAAAUAUCACCAGCACGAAGAUGUGGCCAGUGCUCAUGGAACUGCAACAAGAUGCACUCAAGCGACGCAAGACCGCUGUCACCUUAAACACUUUUGGUGCUCUACUUGCCUCGCCAUGGGUGGGUGUAAAAGAGCUGGCGAUAAGCUUCUUGGAUAUCCUGAACAGCGAGAAUGUACCCAAUAUGCGUCGCAAGCAGAUCCUAGAGCUGCUCAUCAAGCAUGUAGUCCGCAUUAAUAGCUCUUUGCAUGGAACUAUUAAUAAAUUUUUGCCCAAACUCGAGGCUUUCAGCACAACUGACUCUGGACAGCUCGAACUGAAGAAACAGCUCGUGACAAAGCUUACUAAUGCCAGCAUGUCGUUCAAAUCGAAGGGCAAGGCUGAUAAAUAAAUACUUCUUAGAUACUUAAGGGGCGGGCCAUACUUUUUUAAUUACUGCACCAGCAAUUAAAAUCGAGUUUUUACACAUAACUUAACAUAACAAAGCAAAAGAAAUAAUAAAAGAAU